AUGGCCGAGCGGACGGACGCGCACGAGCCGCGCUGGACCGAGCGCGGAGCGUCCUUCCUCCGACGCAUCAACCUCGAGCGCGUGGCCGAAGACCCGCGCGUGCGCCUGCUCGUGGACGGCCAAAGCACGGGCGACAUCUCUCUCACGUCGCCCAUGAAUGCACAGAUCCCGGCGCCGUUGCUGCCCCCGCCCCGGCCGACGAACCCCAAAACCAACGACGACCCGAUCCUGCACUUUUCGUCGCGCCUCGCCGUGCUUGCGCCGCCGGCCAUGCAAGCCGUCACCAAGCUCUUUGGCGCAAAGACGUACACGAGCACGUGGGCGGACGCGCAGCUGGCCAUGUCCACCCUCGACGCUGCCAUUGCGAGUCGCUUUGCCGAGAAGGCGUGCGUCAUGGACUGCGGUCUCCUCGACGCGGUGCAACGGACGCACCAAAAGCCGCUCGUGCCCGACACCUUUGCCGGCGGCCGCGUGACGUCAUUGCCCUUCAAGCGCGGCGCGGUGCCGUCGAUGCAUUCGAUGUUUGUCGCUGCCUCGACGGUCGCGUCCUGGCUCGCGCUCGACGACGCCCACGUCGCGGUCCUCUUGGCGCCCAACCAGGAGCAGCUGAGCGUCUACCUCGCCUGCUGCGCCAUGUACCGCGCGCCGUUUGGGACCGAUCUCAUUGCGUACGGCGAGCGCAUCUUGCAGUGGUUCAACGAGAACGUCGAGAGCGCCGAGUCGCUGGCGCUGCGGCUCUCCAAGACGUUCAUCGAGUCGGACGCGCGCAACACGUCGUACAUCCCGGGCCCGCCGCGGCCGCAAGCGCGUUUUCUGCGCGACUUUACCGGGCUCCUCCUCCUCCGCGACCAACAGCUCUUGGCCAGCACAUCGCUGCAAGACCGCACGAGUCUCAGCGGCGCCGCGGUCUUGCCAGCUCAGCACCCGCUGUACAUCCACCGGAUCUCGAUCCUCAAGUGCCCCGACGGCCUCUCGCGGUACCUGCCUGACAACACCAUGGUGCUCGGUCUGCGCAGCAUCCUCGUCUCGAGCGGCCCACACGCGUUCAAGGUCGGACGCACCAUCAACACGGGGGAUUUGCUGCUGCAAAUGUACCACGUGCCCGUCAACAGCCGCGGUCAGCUCGUGUUUGAGACGCGGCUUCACUCGAGUCUGCUUCUCCGGCUCUGCGACGGCGCGACCGACCGCCGCGCGGCCGUCGUGUUGCAGCUCAAAGCCGGCGACUUUGACUGCGUCUCGAGUCUGUACACACCGCACGCCGAGUUUGGCCUUCUCAUGGAGUUUGGUGCCGACGCAGGCACGUUUCCGCCGGAAGAAGAGCCGACGCCGACGCCGUCCGAAGACGAGACUCGGCAUCGCAGCUCGGUCUUGCCGCCGCGGCGCCCGCCCGCACCGGCCUUGCCGUGGACGACAAUCGCGACGUACAUCGUGCCGCAAACCGUCGUGUACACGUGCUAUGGCGACGGCCACUUGACGCAGAUCGACCUCGCGGUGCGGCUCGCCGAGCACACGCUGCAGUUUCACGUGCAGUGCGGCGACGACCAGGCCCGCGUGCUCUCGCCGCACCAGCUCUUUGGCUACGUCCUCCCGACCGCGAUUCUCGACGACCUCCGCACGCGUCGCAUCCCGGGCAUUGAGCUUCCGGCCAUCGACGGCACCUCCCGCGACUCGUUUGACGUGCAGUAUGCGCUCUGGCUCCAGCGGCAGUUUGACGACGAUACGACGCGGCUCUCGAACGAGAUUCGCAUCGGGACAUCGCCCCUUGAGAUUGAAGCCUUGGUCGCCACGCACGGGACGUUGGGUCUUGUGAUGCUGGCCAACCAGCUCCAGCAAGCCGACGCCAACUCGCACGGUGCGUCGGAUCGCAUGAUUGCACAGCUGCCCAAGCGCGUCUUCUCCCGCGAGCGCGAAGGCAUCGACAUUGAGUGCUUGGUGUGUCGGUACAAUUUCGAGUCGGGCGAUGACAUUCGGACGCUGCCCUGCUUUCACUCGUACCACACCGACUGCAUCGACCCGUGGCUGCGCCUCAAAAAGGUGUGCCCGACCUGCCAAGUGUCGAUUGAGCUCGGCACGGCGGGCGACGGCGACGACGACGACGACGAUGACGACGAGGAUGACGAGGCGGCGACGUAG